AGAGGCAGCUUGCGACAGCCCGACUCGUGCAAAAUGAUGUUCUCACGCCUCGCGCAGCGCACCGUCGGCACGCACGCGCGCUACGCGUCCAACGUGGCCGUGCUCGGCGCCGCGGGCGGCAUCGGGCAACCCAUGUCGCUGCUGAUCAAGCAGUCGCCGCUCGUGAACGAGCUGUCGCUGUACGACGUCGUGAACACGCCGGGCGUCGCGGCGGACCUCAGCCACUGCUCGACGCCGGCGACGGUGCGCUCGACGGUGGGCAUGGGCAACGCCGCCGAGGCCCUCGAGGGCAUGGACGUCGUCGUCAUCCCCGCGGGCGUGCCGCGGAAGCCGGGCAUGACGCGCGACGACCUCUUCAACACGAACGCGAGCAUCGUGCAGUCGCUCGCCGAGGCGUGCGCGACGACGUGCCCCAACGCGUGCUUCCUCAUCAUCGCCAACCCCGUCAACUCGACGGUGCCCAUCUUCGCCGAGACGCUCAAGAAGCACGGCGUCUACGACAAGAACAAGCUCUUCGGCGUCACGACGCUCGACGUCGUCCGCGCGAAGACGUUCGUCGCCGAGAACCAGGGCGGCGACGUGCUCAACACGGACGUCGACGUCAUCGGCGGCCACGCCGGCACGACCAUCCUCCCGCUCCUCUCCCAGAUCGAGGGCGCGUCCUUCUCCCAGGACGACAUCGACAAGCUCACGCACCGCAUCAUGUUCGGCGGCGACGAGGUCGUCCAGGCCAAGGACGGCGCGGGCUCCGCGACGCUCUCCAUGGCCUACGCCGGCGCCCACUUCACCUUCAAGGUCCUCGAGGCGCUCAACGGCGCGACGGGCAUCACGGAGUGCGCGUUCGUCGAGUCCGACGUCACCGACGCGCCCUACUUCUCCUCGCCCGUGACCCUCGGCAAGAACGGCGUCGAGACCAUCCACGGCUACGGCACGCUCUCGCCCUUCGAGCAGGACGUCCUCGACAAGGCCGUCCCGGACCUCAUCGCCCAGGCCGAGAAGGGCGUCAAGUUCGUCCACGGCGACGAGGCCAUGGCCGCCUAAGCAGCGCGCCUCGCGCCGCCGUCGCGCGCACGACGCGGCGGCCUCCCUACCCCCCGUAGUUAAUGAUACCCUCUGG